AUGGAGCCAGUAUGGCGCCUAGCGGCCCGGGACCCUAGAAGGAUGGUGCCGCGCUGGUCUGAUUCCGCGGGUCUCUGGUACUCCAAGACCGUUUCUUCAAUUCUUUACUUUGGAUAUUAUCCUUCAGUCAGAGAUACGAAUGCAUUGACAUACAAUGAUGUGCAUGUGAACUUCACUCGAGAAGAGUGGGCUUUGCUGGAUCCUUCCCAGAGGAUUCUCUACAAAGAUGUGAUGCUGGAGACCUACAGGAAUCUCACUGCUAUAGGCUACAAUUGGGAAGAUCAUAAUAUUGACGAGCAUUGUCAAAGUUCUAGAAGACAUGUAAGGUAUGAAAGGAGUCAUAUUGGAGAUAACCUCUCUGAAGACAGUCAAUUUGGUGAAGUCUUUGCACAUCAGAGCAGUUCUCACACAUAUAAAAUAACACAUACUGGUGAAGAUCUUUCUGAAUGUAACCAAUAUGGUAAACACUGUGUAUAUAAUAGUGAACUUCAAAUGUAUGAAAAAAUUCAUAAAAGAAUACUUACUAGAGAGAAACCUCAUGAAUGUAACCAAUGUGGUAAAGCCUAUGCACAUAAUAGUACAUUCCUAAUACAUGAAAGAACACACACUGGAGAGAAACCUUGUGGAUGUAACCAAUGUGGUAAAGCCUUUACAUUUACCAGUUAUCUCCUAAGACAUAAAAGAUCUCACACUGGAGAGAAACUAUAUGAAUGUAACCUAUGUGGUAAAGGCUUUGUAUGGAACUGUAAUCUUCUAAUACAUGAAAGAACAAACAAUGGAGAGAAACCUUUUGAAUGUAACCAGUGUGGUAAAGCCUUUGCAUAUAACAGUAAUCUUCUAAGACAUAAAAGGACACAUAUUGGAGAGAAACAUCAUGAAUGUAACCAAUUUGGUAAAGCCUUUUCUCAGAACAGCUUUGCACAGAACUGUAAUCUAAUACAUGAAAGAACACACAAUGGAGAGAAACCUUAUGAAUGUAACCAGUGUGGUAAAGCCUUUGCAAGUAACAGUCAUGUCCGAAGACAUAAAAGGACACAUAUUGGAGAGAAACCUUAUGAGUGUAACCAAUGUGGUAAAGCCUUUAUGCAGAGGAGUCAUCUUCUAAACCAUGAAAGAACUCACACUGCAGAGAAACCUUAUGAAUGUAUCCAGUGUGGUAAAGCUUUUCUAUGUAACAGUACUCUCCAAAUACAUAAAAGGACACACACUGGAGAAAAACCUUAUGAAUGUGGUAAAGCCUUUGCAUAUAACAGUAUUUUUCUAAUGCAUAAAAGGACACACACUGGAGAGAAACGUUAUGCAUGUAACCAAUGUGGUAAAGCCUUUGCACGUAACAAUGAUCUCCUAGAACAUAAGAGGACACACACUGGAGAGAAGCCUCAUAAAUGUAAUCAGUGUGGUAAAGCCUUUGUCAGUUACCGUAAUCUUCUAAGACAUAAAAGGACACAUGUUGGAAAGAAACCUUAUGAAUGUAACCAAUGUGGUAAAUCCUUUACACAGAACAGUCAUCUCCUAAAUCAUAAAAGAACUCACACUGGAGAGAAACCUUAUGAAUGUUACCAAUGUGGGAAAGCCUUUUCACAGAACAGUAUUCUUCUAAUACAUAAAAGAACUCACACUGGAGAGAAGCCUUACAAAUGUAACCAAUGCGGUAAAGUCUUUGCACGUAACAGUCAUCUCCUAAGACAUAAAAGGACACACAGUGGAGAGAAACCUUAUGAAUGUAACCAAUGUAGUAAAGCCUUUAAACGUAACAAGACUCUCCUAAUACACAAGAGAACUCACACUGGAGAGAAACCUUAUAAAUGUAACCAAUAUGGUAAAGCCUUUCCCCAGAACAGUCAUUUGGUAGUACAUAAAAGAACUCACACUGGAGAGAAAUCCUAUGAAUAUAUCCAACAUGAUGAAGUCUAAUGCAUUUCAGGCUAGUUCCUGAAAACAAAAAAAAAACACCCUGGAGAAAAAUCUUAUGAAUGUAAUCAGUGUGCUAUCACCUUUGUACAACACAGUCAUCUCCUAGUACGUAAAAGAAUACACACUGGAGAGACACAUUAUGAAUGUAACCAAUGUGAUAAAGCCUUUUCGUGUAAUAGUAAACCCCUAAGAAUUAAAGAACACAUACUGGAGAGAAACCUUAUGAAUAUAACCAAUGUGUUAAAACUGUUUAUCUUCAGAAUCAUCUUCAAAGUCAUGUAA